AUGGAGGAGAGGCCAACGGACAUGGCGCCGGUGCACGUGCUGGUGUUCCCCUGGCCGCUGCAGGGCCACAUCAACUCCAUGCUCCCCUUCGCCGCGGGCCUCCUCGGCGCCGGCGUCCACGUCACCUUCCUGCACACGGAGCACAACCUCCGCCGGGUCGACCGCGCCGCUUCGCCACGCCUCCGCUUCGCGUCCGUGCCGGACGGCCUCCCCGACGACCACCCGCGCUCGGUCGCCCACCUCGGCGAGAUCGGCAGGUCCCUGAGGCCGAGCGCCAGCGCCGCCUACCGUGCCCUGCUCGCCCCGCCGCUCUCCGCUAGAAGCCACGCCGACGGCGGGUUCCCGCCGGUGUCGUGCGUCGUGGCCGACGGCUUGCUGCCGUUCGCCAUCGACAUCGCCGAGGAGCUCGGCGUGCCGGCGCUCGCUUUCCGCACGGAGAGCGCGUGCAGCAUCUUGGCUUACCUCUCUGUGCCCAGGCUCGUGGAGCUCGGCGAGGUUCCGAUCCCUGUAGGCGCCGACCUCGACGAGCCGGUCCGUGGCGUUCCGGGGAUGGAGGGCUUCCUGCGGCGGCGAGAUCUUCCAAGUUCUUGCCGCGGCCACGGCGCCGAGGCCGACGAGCUCGACCCCAUGCUGCAGGCACUCGCCAAGUACACCGCUCACAGCUGCAAGGCUCGGGCGCUCAUAUUCAACACGACCGCCUCACUGGAGCGGUCGGCGCUCGCACACAUCGCGCCCCACAUGCGCGACGUCUCCGCCAUAGGCCCUCUCCACGUCAUCUCGGCCGCGCCGGCGUCGGCCACCAGCCUGUGGCGCGAGGACGACGGCUGUACGACGUGGCUCGAUGGGCACGCGGACCGGUCCGUCGUGUACGUGAGCUUGGGGAGCCUCGCAACCAUUUCGCGGGAGGAGUUCGCCGAGUUCCUUCCGGCCUCGUCAGCGCCCACUACGCGUUCAUGUGGGCGCUCCGGCCGGACAUGGUCGGGGCGAGCCAGAGCGCCGCUCUCCAGGAAGCCGUGGACGCGGCGGGCAAGGGCAAGGUGCGCGUCGUGGACUGGGCGCCGCAGCGAGACGUGCUGCGGCACCGCGCCGUGGGGUGCUUCCUAA